AAUCACAAAAUAAUCGUUUUUACUUAUUUUAUCAACAAUGAAUGAAUAGCGACUGAAUAAGGUUAAAAGAAAAGACUACCUGGCCUAGUCCUUCACUUUUGAAAAAACAAGAGAGAGAAGCCUGGCUGCGUUUCUCCCUCUUUUUUUGGUAUGUAGCCUGGGAAGGAGAGAGAAUUGAUCCAAUCUUUUCUGGGUCUUAAAGAUAAGAACCAGAUAUUCAGACAUAAAAUCCCAAACUCAGGUUUUUUCUUUUUUUUUGUUUUUGCGAGACUGAGAAAGAGAGAAAUAGAGAGAUUUGUAAGAAAGAAAAGAAAGGAAGCAUGUUAGAAGGAAAAGCUUUGGUGGAAGACACGGACAUGCCUUUGAAGAUGCGGAUCCUAGCUAUGGCUUCUGCUUCUCAAGCUCUGGAUCUCUAUGAUGUGUUUGACUGCAAAUCCAUUGCUGGUUAUAUCAAAAAGGAGUUUGACAGCGAAUAUGGGAAUGGAUGGCAAUGUGUGGUGGGUUCAAAUUUUGGGUGUUUCUUCACUCAUUCUAAAGGGACUUUCAUCUACUUUUCAUUGGAGAGACUCAUGUUCCUUAUCUUCAAAGGGGCUUCAUCUUCCACCUGUCCUUGAUACCAAGGCGAUGUUUCAUGUUUGGUUGUAGUCUUGUACAGGCAAAAGCUGAAUAAGGAAGAAAAUCCGAGGGGUAAAAAGUGCAGUGAAGAUUCUUUUUUCUGUUUCUUUUUUCCUUUGUAUCAAAAUUGUAUGUCGGUUAGAGUGGAGGAAAAAGGGUGAAACAGAUAACAACUCACAAGUGGCUCAUGGGUCUUUUGCAUUUUCCCUGUGUGGUUUAAUACAGCCUUUUUUGUAAUGCUCUGAAAUCUGAUGGAGCCAAUUAAAUGUGUCCUCCGUUAUUUUGUAUAAGUGAAAUGAAAUGAAAUGAUGAUAUGUAGCAGCAUAUGAUAGACUAGUUUUCCUUGUUGGUGUCUCCACUCUCCACGCUCUUUUUAAAUAUCCUCGUCCUUUAUGUUAUCCCUAGGCUAUUGAUUGAUAUCCUCACUGUAUGGCAAGAUAAAAUGUAGAAUAAA